UGGUUUAAUUAUGCCACAGAUUAGUCUUCAAUAUUCUGUUAUUCUUUUUCUGUGACUACAUUUUAAUGAUGCGGAUGUUGAACUGGAAUUUUCUGUUGACAGUUUCAUAAAAAUUUUGCUUUUAUUGAAUUGUGAAAUCGGCGAUAAUCCAUAGUUGCAGUUAAAGAUUUUUAAUCGUAAUGUAAGUGAUGAUAUCAAAUAACACCACAUAUAAGUUGAGAUCUUCAAAAACCUCAUCCGAAAUCAGCAAUUAUGAUCAGAGUAAUGCGGAAAAUGGUGAGAGCAACGUUAUUGAUUGGGAUUUCCCAGAGUCUAAUAACCGAAGCCAAGGUUACCUGAGAGAAGGAAGAUUCCGUAAUUCCACCUCUAGAAGCAGGAUUACUGAAUUUCGUCCUUCAACUUGGACUACUGAUCGUAAGGGUUUUAGAUCAAGGGGAACAGUUACUCGCAGAAAUGAAAGGGAAGGAUUAAAUUCCUUCAGAAAAUAUCAUGACUCUUCUAGUAGAAAUGCAGAUGCUGUUGGUAAUUCUCAUCAUGGCAAAUUUUAUGAAAAUGAUAAGAAGACAGAUUUGAAAUUGAAUUUACCAGAAGACACUAGGAUUUCAAAGUUAUUGCGCCGUUUAAGUAUGGAAACUGACCAGAAUAACUCUUUAGUAAUUUCCAAAAAACUGCUAGAAGUUCUACUGCUUCCAGAUAAUGCUCCUUAUAUUCGAAAAGCUUUCCACAUACUGGGUGAGUCCAUGUUCGAAAUUCUACAGGUUUCUCCAGGGCUUCCUUCUAAGAAACAGGCAGCUCGAGCCUUGGGGAGGAUGGGUUACAUAAUGGGACAAGAGCACGAUUUUGACAGAUAUCAGAACUGGCUUUUUGGUAAGAUGACUACAUCUUAUGAAGACAUGCAGAUUUUGCUCGUUGAGACACUGAAGGAAACCUUAUUGUUCGAAAGCAAACUUCCGGUGAUUCAAGAACACAGUGAGGACUUAAUUAGGAACUUGGUAUCUAUAAUAGAAAAUACGGAAAGUGCUCCUAUCUUCAAAAUAACAUUGGACGUACUCAUGACCGUUGUCGAGUUAUAUCCUGACAGUUUUUUCCCCUUCUUCCGGGAUACGAUAGAUCUCCUAUUUGGUUGGCACGUGGAUCACACUCAGCCGCUUUCCACCAUUGAAUUCAUUUCGACAAACCUGCAACGAAUUCCAAAACACUUCCAGUUCAAUUUAGGGUUUUCUCUCAACCUCAUUGAGAACUUCUUGGAGGAUAUAGUGAACUAUUCAAAGCAACUUUCUGAGACAGGCGAUAGUUCUUUUUUGGAGCACAUAACCGUUUUGGUGCUUGCCAUGAAUACCAUUCUCAAAUGUCUGGACAAGUGUAUCAGUGCAAAUGAGACUCAGAUCGUACGACCGGAUUUGAUCAGUAGUCUCGUAGCCCAGAUUAUCAAGACAACUUCAGAAGCGCUGGAAUCCUACAUACCGGAAAAUCUUACAAUCGCUACCAACGAUUGUGUCGCCAUCCUACUCACCUUCCUCGAAACAAAAACUCAGACUCUGGUGAAUUCUGUGUAUAAUCUCAUCGAAUCGGAAUUGUCUCUAGUGAAUGAGUUUACCGAGUUCACCAUAGUUUCGAUGUUGAUCUUCAUUUCGAAGAUUCUGAAAGAACUUUCCGCCAAUCUACCCGUGAAAUUGAUAGAAAAAUUGCUCGGACCAAAAUCUGAGCUGAUGAAACUACGUCUAUCCCCGUUUUUGGAUAUUCAAAAGUCCGUUAUACUAGUUUAUCAAGCAUUACUGAAUUUGAAGAAUGUGUCAUUGGUACAAGAAGCCUAUCGAUAUGUGUUGGGAGAUUUCGAGACUGUUUACAGGAAAAUUUUACCUGCUUGUAAUCCUUUCACCGAUAACAACCCUUUUGCGGAAUCUGAUGUUGAGAAAUAUUCUGAAAGAGAAGCCGAAAAUUCUGUGAUAUUCCUUUUGAGGUGUUUAUCCCAAUUGGCCAACGCCAGUUCAAUCAUAGUCAUGUGGGCUCUCAAACCGAGCAUUUUAGAACUUGUUGCUAUCCAUUUGUUGCCCUACGAUCAGAAUUUGGCUCAAAAUUUUCCAGACGUUCAGUACGGUCUGAUGUACCUUCUGUUUUCCCAUUGUCGAUGCUAUAAUCACUACAUUUCUACGUCCUCCUUAUUGAGUAGAACCGAGGACAGUUCUAGCCUGACCAGAUUUUCCAUCACCGAUGGCUCUAAAGACGAUGUACCACAUUCAUCACCAAACUCAGGUAAUUUCACCACGAUCCUAGACGUUAUCUACAAAACCUUGAAUGUCGACUCUGGCCACGAAGUAGUCUUGUCCACACUGAAGUGGAUCAAAGAUGUCUUGUGCAAAGCAGAAGUGUACCUCAUCAACAUUUACAACAAGGAAAAUUUCGUGUCCAUCACUGAAGUUCUCGUAAGAUGCGGUUAUAACCUGAACCAAGACGUAGCAUUGCAUGUUUGCGAAAAUCUGGACAAACUUUUGAGUUACAAGCAUCUGCCUUGGAGCAAUACGUUUUUGAUAAACGUAAGCGAUUUGUGCAAACUCCACAUGAGUUCCAACAAGGAAAUUUUGAGAAUGGCUUACUCCAAACUGGCUUCUCUCAUACCUUGGGAUGUUGCCGUAGUAGAGUUUAACAAGAUAAGCUCGGUGAAUAAUUCGAAACACCAAAAUUCCACUUCUAAAGACUAUAACAGCUAUAUGAUAACCAUGGCGCAGUACCUACAUUCCACUGGGGCAAUUUUUAACGAUAUUAUGUGCCCGUCUCAAUUCAAGAAAUUGAUGAAGUUCUUACUUGAUCCGGAAAGUGAGAAGACCAGCAUCGACUGCUUGGAAGAGAUCUUCGUUUCCAGUUUAUGCCUGGACAUAGAGUCUCAAAUGAACAUGGAACUCUUUUACGAUUUAGGAAUCAAUUCUAAGAACGUUCUUCACAAUUGGGCCAUGUUAGAGGCCGCUCAGUUUUGUGUGAAUUCAAAGUUACGGACGCCAUUGGGAAAACCCAACGAAACCUUCAUGAAGAUAGAAGGCGCCCUGAACCAACUUGGUAACGAACUUUUGUCGAUAAACAAAGAUAGGACUGUUGUACAUGAAAACAGGUUAACUAGGGUAAGAGUAUCUUUGCUCUUGCAAUUCAUUGAACACUUAGAAAAACGGAUUUACAACGCUGCAGAAGGUUGUGCUGUCGCUAUGCCUCAACCGCCUAAAUUAGUGAGAACUUUCUUUGUUGCUAAUUCCAACACAUGCAACGAGUGGAUAACUAGAGUUCGUAUGGUGAUUAUACACAUAGCAUUACAUGCCGGUGAGUUCAACACAGUAAUAAGGCAUGUGCAUGCCCUCAUGAAAGAAAUGGCGGCUUCCGAUAGAAUUCAAUCGGCAGAGUUUGAGAGGUGUGCUAUUUUCAUGACGAUGGCGCUUCUAAAUCUGAGAGAGACUGAAGCCAUUUACGGGCUCUAUGUAUGGUGCAAGAAUUUGAAAGGAAAACAUGGUAGAAAAUACGGUUGGAUCAAAUACGCUGGUGAACAAUCAUCGAAGAAGUAUGAAGUGGCUAUCGAAGGUUACAGAAAGGUACUCAAAGAGAUGGCUUCGAACGAAGACAGCGACGACGAGGACGAUAUCAAAAAGAUCAAUUUAGAAAUUAGGAACUUUAUACAUGACCAAGUCGAAGCUUGCCUCAAAGAGUUCCACCACUGGAUGGACGUUCUGACUUGGCAUAAAAAUCCAGAAAAUGAAGAUUUCAAUGAGGCCCAUAGAAAAUGCUGGUAUUACUCAAAUGAUUGGGAAUGCGCUACAAGCUUUGCAGAAUUGGAAGGUGGCAUUCACGAACUGUCCACUUUAUCCGAGUGGAAUACUGAUGACAAACCGAAAAGUUGGAGUUGUUACAACACCCUGUCUACUGCAGAAAACAAUCUAUACCGAAUAGCUCUGCAGCUUUCGACAAAUCGCAUCACUGAAGACCUGAACGAGAAAAUAGAUUUGAAUCUUAAUCUUAUCGAGAAUUCAAUUCAAGAAUAUCUUGACAUAGCACCUUGUGACAUUUUCCAAACGUUCUGCCUGUUACAAUACAUAGGCCAAGGCCUCAAGAAUGUUUACAAUAAUAUACCGGCCAACACAGUUUUCUUAGUAUCUGAAAAUUUCGAGACCGAGGUGAGCAUGAUAGAUUCUUCCAUUUUGAGAAAGAUUCUCUGGUGGUCGGAAUAUUUUGGCAGUAUGCAGAAUCAAGGCUUCAAUUCGUUCUGUAGCAAUCUUAGAUUGGAUAUUAUAAACAGAGCGAGGAAAGAGAAGAAUUUUAAUCUGGCCUACAGACAAAUCUACAAGUUUUUGGAAGAGAAAGAUCUCAUACUGAGUGACCACCAUACAGGAACGAACAAUUUAGCAGUUUCCGUGAUAAAUAAAAUUGCUGACGUUAAAAUAUGGACCGUUGAUACAGCAAGAGCUGUUUCCGAGGUCAUCAAGCUGCUUUACACAAAAGAGGAGAAUAAACAGGACAUAUUCAAUUUAUGUGCAGCCACUUCAACCUUGAUAUCGAAGCAUACAGAAUUGUACGGUGGCCCUGAACUGAGAAGAAUGAGCAGCAAAAUUCUCUUGAAAUUGGCCUCUUGGAUGCAAAACAAUGAUAUUUCAGUUACAGAUAUGAACUCUCAUCUUGGAAAACUAUUACUCGUUCUUCCAGAUAUAACACUGGUAGAUAAUAACCUUUCAGGAAUCAUCCCCUUGAAUGAAAUGGCCAUUGGAAAAUUACUGCAGUUCAGCGUUCAUCAGUGUUUAACUCUAGCCAAAGGCUGGAGCUCUUUCGGAACCUGGUGCUACAAAUGGGGAAGAAAAAUCUUGGAUCACGGUCAUAGUUCGACCAACAGUUUGACCGAAGACGAUUGUAACGCUAUAAAAAGCUUAUUACCUGAAGAUACCAACGAAGAGGAAAUCUUGGAAAUAUUCAAGAUACUGUCGCAGAACCGAAACAUAACAGACGAGGAAGAUCUGGACUCAAACUCCAUUAAAACUUCUUUUAUGAUCAAAAAUCAGUUACAGAACAUAAGACCUCUUCAGAACGCUGACGACGAUUACCUAGAACAGUUGCUGCAGAUUUGGAGAAACACCCAGAAGAGAAUCUACAACUACUACAAUUUGAGCGCCGAAGCGUAUUUCAAAUACCUCCAUCUAUUGGCCAAUUCGGAGAAUAUCACCAAGAGUAUGGAAUGCACCACCAUCACCAUAACUUUGAGACUCUUAAGGCUGAUUGUACGAUACGCUUUAGAACUGCAGGGCACCCUAGAAGAGGGACUGAAAGCUACUCCAACCCAGCCGUGGAAAGUUAUAAUACCACAGCUCUUCAGCAGACUGAACCAUCCGGAGGGUUACGUGCACCAUUGCGUGUCAGAUCUUUUAUGUAGAGUAGCCGAAGACGCUCCCCAUCUCAUCACCUUCCCCGCAGUCGUGGGUGCCCUGGAAGGCGGAGUCAAAUUCAAUUUCUCCGAAAUAACCCUUCCCAAAGACUGUCUUUCGCAGGUGAUCGAAAAAGACGAAGACGACGAUCUGAAUGAGAAUGAAGACGAUGAAAGUGACGUGGAGGAGGAAGUAUCCAGCUCCCUGCAGUCGUCCUUCAAAGUGCUGGUAGACACGCUGAGCAAGCAAGAUCCGGAAACCAUCUCGCAGGUGCAACUCCUGGUUAGGGAACUGAGAAGGAUCACUUUGUUAUGGGACGAACUUUGGUUAGGAACGUUGCUUCAACACAGUUCCGAGAUUACCAAGCGUGAACAACAGCUGGAGUAUGAGAUAGAGAAGGUUAUGGAGAAUCCUAACCUGUCGGAGGAGGAGAAGGUGUCCCUGAUAGCCGAGAAGCACAGGAUCAUCAUAAAACCUAUAAUAUUCGUGUUGGAGCAGCUGAGAGAGGUGACGAGCGCUGAACCAGAGACUCCCCACGAAAAGAUGUUCAAGGAGAAGUUUUCCGACGAGAUAGACAACGUGAUCACGAAGCUGAAGCAACCUGAACACCCCGAAAAGCCUCACGAGUCUCUGAUACCCCUCAAAGGGCUGCAGAAGAAGUUCCAACAGAAGAUACAGAAGAGGUCGUCGUACUCGUUGAAGAUGCAAGACAUAAGCCCGAUUUUGGCGAACAUACGCGAUACCAUGAUAGCCAUGCCCGGUCUGACCUCUUCCAAGACCACGGUUACCAUCUCCCACGUGUCCAACGUGGUUUCCAUACUACCGACGAAGACCAAACCUAAGAAGCUGGUGUUUUACGGGUCCGACGGACAGACGUACACGUAUCUGUUCAAGGGCCUGGAGGAUCUGCACCUGGACGAGCGCAUAAUGCAGUUUUUGAACAUCGCCAACACGAUGAUGGCCCAGAACGUGGAUCCUACCGGUCAGAACCUGUACAGGGCGAGACAUUACUCGGUGAUACCGCUCGGGCCGAGGUCGGGACUCAUAAACUGGGUGGAGGGAACCACGCCGGUGUUCUCUCUGUACAAACGCUGGCAGCAACGCGAGCUGGCCAAACCGAACAACUCGAAGAACAAUUCGAACGCGAACGCGGUCGUGCUCAGACCCUCGGAGCUCUUCUACAACAAGCUGAACCCGCUGCUCGUCGAGCACGGCGUCAAGAACGUGGACAAUCGCAAGGAGUGGCCUCUGGGCGCGUGCAAGAAGGUGCUCACGGAGCUGAUGGCGGAGACUCCGAGCGAUCUGCUCGCGAAGGAGCUCUGGUGCAACUCGAUAAGCGCGAGCGAUUGGUGGAACGUGACCAAGAGGUACUCGUACUCGGUGGCGGUGAUGAGCAUAAUCGGUUACAUAAUCGGGCUGGGCGACCGGCAUCUGGACAACGUGCUGGUGGACCUGACGAGCGGCGAGGUGGUGCACAUCGACUACAACGUGUGCUUCGAGAAGGGGAAGACGCUCAGGGUGCCGGAGAAGGUGCCGUUCAGACUGACGCCCAACAUCAGAGAGGCGCUUGGCGUGACCGGGAUUGAGGGUAUAUUCAGACUAGCCUGCGAGAACGUGCUCAAGACGAUGAGAAAGGGCAGAGAGACCCUGUUGACACUCCUCGAGGCCUUCGUGUACGACCCCCUGAUUGACUGGACCGUAGGAGCAGAGGUCCUAGCCGGAGCCACUUUCGGCAACAUCCCUUCUGUUAACAACAUCAAGCAGAGCAGAAAGGAACUCGAGAAAGAGGUCACAAUCUCCAUGUUCAACGUGAGAUGCACCGAGAUGAAGAUAGAGUGGAACGAGAACAAAGACGAGAUAUUGAAGGAGAUCAGCCUUCUCAGAUGCAAUCUGGACGACUGGCUCAAAGUAGACAAGCUCAUAUUCGAGGAGGAGAACGCGCUCCAAGACCUCCACCAACAGAUGGCGCUGGUCAAGGAAGCCGAGGCGCACACCUCCAACAAACAUCCCCUCCACUCGUUACCUGCCCGAUUCGACUCCUAUCACAAGACCAAAGACGCCCUGAAGAACGCGAAGAAGAACGUCCAAAACCUCCAGGCCGAAUGCCAGAAACACAUCGACGCCUACACCGAAAGCCUGGCCAGGGUCGAAGACCCCGAGCUGCUGGGGCAGCUGAUCGAGCUGAAGAACACCUACGGCGACGACGUCAACGUGUUCGACCUGGUGAAGGAGUUCCUGCACAACGCCGGCAAGAACGACGUGGUGACGCAGUGCGAGGAGUCGGAGAACGAGGUGGCCCAGUUGACCCAGCACCAGAACGCCUCGAUCCAGAAGUGCCUUCAGCUGCUGCAAGAGUACAAGACGCUGAUCAGCCAGUGUCCCCGAUCCUUCCUAGAGACGCACAGGAUGUCCAAGUACCUGAAGUUGCUGACCUACAUGCUGGAGAACGACACGCCCACCGCCUGCGACAGGGUCUACGAGAACUUCCACAAGUACCUGGAGGACCCGGCCCUGUCGACCAACGUGCUGAAUUUCAAGGUCAGCCUGGAUAACUUCUACAAGGAGACGUUGACGGAGACCAACAAGCUGUACGAGGAGUUGGCCGUCAAUACGGCGGACGUGCAGACCUUAGAUAACCUCUACACGACUGCCAGGGCGGGUAUUACGACUUUCUUAAGUUGCGAGAAGAACGCCGAUAAGGCGUUCGAGUUUGUUAUAGCCUUGGAGUUGUUGGUGAUGAACAGGAACUUCCUCACCCUGGAGACGGCUGCUCAUAGGAGUGGAGACUGGUUGAUCAAGUUGACUUCUAGAGACGGCGACUGGUUCUUGGACGACCUAGUUCUCAACAGCAGUCGGGCUGUCGAACUAAUGAACAACCUACCUUUGGUGGCCAGCGAAGAACACAUACUGUUCUUCCAAGUGUUCAACUGCGUUCGCAUCUCGAACAACAUAUACAGAGGAUUGCAAGAGCUCUACUUCAAUUUCCACACCAUUAUCCUGCCCGAGAGUAUGAAGAAGAUACAGAGCGAAGACGACAGUCUGAGACAGAUUAUAACCGAUCUCAACGAUCUGCUCAAAGGUGUAGGAAUGUCUAUUCCUGAGAUGACCUCACAGUUAGUCAAGAUGAUACCCUGCCUUCUUAUGCAAAUGGAGAUCGGGACUUUCUACGAUUUCGUGUUGGAAAGGGUCUCCACUCUGAAGACCGGUUUUCUGGCGCUGAUAAACGGGCAAUCGGAAACCUUAACCUCUGGAAAGAUGCUGCUGAUGGGUUUCAACGGUCUCUUCGAAAAAUUAACAAUGGAAUGGAACGAUCUUAUAAACGCCUUAGGCUCCAUCAACCUGCCAAACUCCUGGAAAAAAGUCGAUCAGGUCAAGGGCGCCAAGAACAUUUCGCCCCACGUGUGCAACUCCAAGGUGCACUCCAUCCUGGAGGACAUAUUCCUGUUGAAACGGCUACAGGCAAUGUCCGAUUUCUUCAACUGCUCUAGCGAGAUGUGCCAAUCGUUCAAAGGGUCAUCUUCGAUAGCUUACAACGACGACCAAUUGCUGAAGCCUAUAAGACAGUUCAUCGCCGACUUCAUCUCGAAGCAGUUGCUGGGAAUCACCACUGAACACAUCGCCUACGUCGUGUGCUACCUACUCCAGGACUUGGGCUUCGACGUUUCCGAAGAGAUCGAACAGAAAGAUAUCGGUGCAGAGAGCAAGGUGCCCUUGGACGAUCUCUACCACAAGGCGGGUAACAUAUUUCUAAAACAGGGCCUGUUCUCGCAGAACGCCCUGUCUCAGGCCUCCACCCUUGAGAGCAACCUGAAACACGCCUGGGUCAAGAUCCAGGAGACCAAGAAGCUGCAGAGGAAGAUUACCCUGCUACAAUCCACGCAGCUGAGACUGCACACCCAGAUAACCAUAGUAAACUUUAUGUACGAAGAGAUUUUAGCCACUUUUAACCUAUUCACCCCGGUCAGAAGUAAAUUCAUUUUGGAUCUGAAGACGGAAUUCUCUACUCUGCAGCUGGUCAGCGAUAAGUUGAGACAGGCUGGGGAGAACCAGAAGGCGUUGGUAGAAAGUGCACAUCAGAGACUCAACUGGGCUAAAGGAGCCAACCCUGAGGUGGGAGAGAUAUCGAAAGCAUUCGAGAACACUGUCCAAGUGAGACAGGACCAUCUGAAGUUACUGGAAGAUAUAACGGAUAGAGUGACAACCAUCAGCAGCGUGAUACUGAAACACGAACUGUUGAGAAACCAUUGCAUGGACACCAAAACCUACGACAAAACUUUCUUGAACACCUACGAGAUGUGGAGGAUGGCUUGCAAGUACAACAGCGUGAAGAGCGACACUUUGAGCCCAACAGAAGAGAGCAUUAUGAGCCUGUUGACGAAGGAGCUAACGACUAAUUCCAAAUGGCUGGAGAAGAUCUCCGAGAUGAUAACCGUGCUGAUUGGCAAGACGCAAGCAAAACUGGUUGACGAGAAAACUAAUCUGUUCACGGCAGUAGACGCCAUUAUGACGAGGUUGGAAGUGCUCAAGAACGCCUACAACACCCACUGCAGACUGAUGACGGAUGUCAAGAACCUGGUGAAGUCGAUGACCAAGAUCGAGAACUACUCAACUAACACGCAGGAAUUCAUCGCCCAGUAUAGGACCUACAUAGAGAAUUUCUCUUUGAUAUUUCAAAAGUUCAAGAAGGAACACAAGCGUAACGACGUGCUGGAGGUUAUGGAGUGUUUGGACUACAUGGAGGCCAACACGAAGAAGAUCUACAACGACCUGUUGGAGUUGGAGGAGGGCAGGAAGAAGGUGUUGGUGAGACAGGACGGCAUGUGUCUCGAUAGUAGGAACACGUCGCUGCAGAAGCAAGAAAGCACAGCUGUUAAGGGCCAACAGAGGAACGCGUACGCUGUGAGCGUGUGGCGCAGGGUCAAGAUGAAGCUGGAGGGUAGAGAUCCUGAUAAUGGUCGGAAGUGCAGUGCUCAAGAACAGGUUGAUUAUGUAAUCAGAGAAGCAACCAGCCUGGACAACCUGGCCCUUCUGUACGAGGGCUGGACGCCUUGGGUGUGAAUGCGGAGCUGCAGCAGCGGACGAAGGUCUGCCUGGAUUUCCCUUCAGUAGAAAAAGGCGAGCCAGUGGCGUGCGUGGCGUGUUCUUGCGUAACGUCCGAGCGGAGCACAGCAGCGCUAUCUCUCAGUUGUCAUGCGCACACAGGAGGUCAAGUCGCUUAGUUUUAUUGCUCUUGUAAGAAUUUAUGUAUAUCGGGGUAUAUUGGGGUAACUGAAGAGUUUCUCCAGUUAUCUUUCGAAGUAAGCCCUCGUCCAUUUGUGGACGGAGCAAAAUGAAAUGUCUUAGAUCUCAUUCUCGUUUUUUUUUCUGGUUUUCCUCUUGAGCAAUUAAAUUUUUCAUAAUAAUACUAUAAAUUGCGUGUUUUUCUUUUUGUUUCUGAUAUGUUUCAAUCACGAAGAGAGGAAUGGACAUAAGUGUUGUUUAUGUGUAGAGAAGUCUAACAGUCUGAAAUUCCCUUGUACUAGUGAAGUUUAUGUAUCAAUAAAAAAGUUUAUAUCGACAUGUCAUUUGUUGAGAUCAUUAUGAAUAAUAAGAGCCUUUAAUGUAUGUUUCACUUCUCUAUCACUCGGUCCUUCUCUCUUUUUUCUUUUAUUACAAAAUUGAUAUUAAUCAAAAUCAUCUCUUUCUGUACUUUGUUGGAUAAGAAUAAGAAAUUCAUCUCGAUGUCUACCUUGAACAAGUAUGUGAGCUUUUCGAAGAAGCAAUAUAAAUUUUGGAAUCAAUCAAAAAUCUAACCUGUUGAAGUGUUUUCAGUUCUUAUUCAUAUUUUGCGCAAUAAUCAUAAAAUUUGAGGAGAGAGUUCGAUAUUAUUGAUUUGGAUAUAACAACUCUGUAAUAUAGAAGAAAUGUAUUUUUUCCCUUAAGAAAUUUUUUUGUUAAAGUCGUUUCUUGUGUGUUAGCUACAUUAAAUUUUUUGGUAUUGAAAUUUGUUAUCAUUGGUUCAAUUUUUAACACGAAUUUUUGUCGUUGAAAUAUUUUAACGUAUCCAGAAACCUUUUCAAUUUUAUGUUUUAGAUAAUAAAUUUUUUCGGAUCAAAUAAAAUAGGGUUCGAAAGUUUUUCAAUUUUUGAAAUCAUAUCGAUCAACAUCCGAUGAUCAUUUCGAAAUUUUUAAAAUGGAGUAGUGUUUUGUGUUGAUUUCGCCCUGGAAUUUAUGUAUUAUGUAAAUUUUGAGAUGAAUAUACCUUCUUCAUCGGGAAAAAAGGAAAUUUUGAAAAAAGAAACAUGGUGAAUUGAAAAAAUAUUUUGUCAUUCUUUGGGAGAAAUUGACAGAUACUUGCGCACAAGUUAGUUAAGUUUUUUGUUUUUAACAUUAUCUUGUACAAAUAGAAAAUAUAAAAGAUAUCAAUAAUAAAUAUACAGGUGGUCCUGCAAACAAAAAAUAAGAACCGAAAAUGCUGAAAUAGGUUUUCAAUUUGUAGGAAAAUACUUAUUAUUCGAAAAAAGUUCAGAAGAAAACAUUUUUUUGAAACAUUUCAUCCAACUAAAAGACAUUUGGAAGGCUUUUUAAUGUGUGAUUCACCUUUUGUUGGCCCCUGAUUGGGAAUUAAUGUAGAGACAAAAAGGUAUUUUCUUACAAAAAUAACAGCAUUUAUUUUUAAUACACUUUUAUCACUUGAAAUCUUUGUUUCAAUUUGUUAUUAGGCCAACCUGUAUAUACAAAAAUGGAAUUUGCAGAUUAACAACUUUGAAGAAUGUCCAGCUACAUAAUUUCUAUCAAUUUCCGAAAUUCAAUUAGAUAAUUUUGUUGCAUACUGUGAGAAGUAAUAGGGGAUAAUAUUUCUAAAUUUCUCAAAUUUAUAUUUCGUAUAUAUAUUUUUAAUAAUACCAACGAAUCAGCAUCCAUACACUUUAAAAUAUAAUUUCUGGUAUAUUGUUCAUCUCAAGAGGAAUUGAAACAACUAUAAGCUGCUUAAUUAAAUGUUGUCGUAUAAGACAGAAAUUAUGUGUUGAAUAUACCGCAAGUAUGAUUGAUUCACGUUUAACAUCCGGGGUGUCGAAUUAAAAUAUGCCUUCUGUAGAAUUUGCCAUACUACCCUUUGUUACGUGACAUCUCAGAGUGAAUUGUGCUCUUCAUUCCACAAAAAAAAAAUGUUUGAUCAACAUCAGUUCCCAAACAAUACGAACACCGUUUGAAUGUUCCAAAUUGCUGGAAAUAUAUUUUAAAUGUACAUGUUUGAAUUUUUAUCGAUAUAACCUAAAGAGGAAUUAAUCUACAUGGAACUCUGUUUAUCUUAUUUUUGCUAGGCUAUUUAUAAUUUGUAGUGGACUGUUCUGAAUGAGAAAUUGUAAUGAACAUGGAUAUUCAAAACCCGGUAACCUUUGAGGAAUUGAGUCGAAGUGCUUAUUACCAUUUCUAGUUGUUUCAUUUUAAAUAUACAAGAUAUAUUCUGAAA